GUGAAUCCCUUUGGCUUCCUCCCUGUUUGACUUUGAACUUUUUGCACAGCUUCAUGGCUCAAGAUUAAGGAACAGUUGUAGCCAUCAUGAUAAUGGUCAUCUUUUAAGUUCUUUGGGUACAAGCAGAAACAUCUCGCAGAUCCUCGCCUCGCUUUGGCUGGAACGCAACAUGCCACGGCUGCCACAUCGCUUCCUUGAUCAUGACCUUGAUUCUCACACCUUCAUGCAGGUAAGGCAUUGCAGCAAUGUCCUUCCGGAGCUUUUGACCCGUGGUCAAAAGCAAGCACGGGCAUUCUUGUUUGGGGAUGUCUCAAAUGAACGCGCUCCUGGCCAUCUCACCUCAGAAUCAAGCUUCUUCCAAAAACCCUCUAGAGCUGGGUUGGCCUAUUCGUGGAUGUCAUUCCCUUCUGGGCUAUCAUACAAGGACGAGGUUCUUGGUGCUGGAGAGGCAGCAACAGUCGGAAGCACUGUGUCGGUGAACUAUACUGGUCGACUUUUAAAUGGGCUGGUGUUCGAUUCCUCAAAGUAUCAGCACAAGCCCAUCCAGUUCGAGCUUGGCAUCGGCAAGGUCAUUCCUGGGUGCCUCAGCAGAUGAAGAUGCAACUCCAAAAGAGAGAAACAGAUCAUGCAUUCUUCGAACAAUCUGUGCAGGUGGGAUGAAGGCAUUGAAGGAAUGCGAGUUGGGGGAAAGCGUCGACUUCGAAUCCCUGCUGAUUUGGCAUAUGGUGAUCAGAGAGUUGGCAAAAUCCCACCCAACUCGACGCUGAUAUUUGAUACGGAGUUGGUGGAUGUGAAGCCUCCGGGUGAGACGGAGAUUUCCGAGCAGUAACUCCUUGGCCUUGGCGACCGAACCGAGUUGGCGCUGGUGUCCGGCUCUCCCAGGGAUUGUGGCGCAAAAGUGGAUCGCCGCAGAGUUCCCAGAGUGGAUAGCCGCAGAAUCAACUCAAGACAUGGAUAUGACAUGCGUGAAAUGCUCCUGAUGUGUAGAAUGAACCUUUGGAAGAGAGCUAUAUACAACUUCUUGGAGCUCAAGCCGCAAGCCUGAACUAAACCUGUGACUCCGAAAGAGGUAUUGUAUGCUUUAGCACGUGGCUUCAAUCACAAGGACCUCGCUGACUUGCUUG